AUGGGUUUGACUCUUCCCAAAGCCUUGGCUUUGAUACUUGUGGCCUUGACGAGCUCUGUGCUGGCUGCCCAUCAGCGAAAUGAGAGGAGACAAGAUGACGGAUACAUUGGCUACAAUCUCGAGCACCGAGGUGAUCCAGAAUCUGCUAUAUACGAGACAGAAGAUACCUCAUCUGGAGUAGACCUACUCGUUGCAGAACCAGAUGUCUACCUGAAUGCCUCUGUCUAUGUCGGCGAGAUCAACAUUGAGGUGGACAAUAUCACAGCCAAAGUCAACCUUGAUGCUCAGGUUCUGAAGCUGCUGCACUUCAGCGCCGGUGUCGAUGCAUCAAUCGACAGGGUUCGACUGAAUAUCCAAAAUGUGUCGGCCAAGGUCGAGCUGGAAGCAAGACUGGAGAAUGUCCUUCAAAUGGUCGACGAUGUGCUUCACAGCAUUGAUCUUAAUCCUAUCAUUGCAACUCUGGGUCAGGAUGUCGGCAAGAUUGUAAACAGCACGGUUGGCAUCCUAGGACAGACUGUUGACGAGAAUGGAAAUCCGGUAUCAGGUAGCGAGAAGCGUGACCUUGGAAUCCCAGGCCUGUCGUCGAGCUUAGACUACAACAUCCACCACAACGUGCUCUACAGCGUCAAUAACUACGAAGGCAAGGCGCACACGAAUCGCGUUCUCGGCCAAAAUGGUUCAUUGUUCGACGUAUACCUUGACAACGAUGGCAACGAGAAGGGCCGAGCUGUGGUUGGCUACUACAGUCGCGACAUGACAUUCACCGGUCACAACAAGACAAUCAGCAUCGAUGGCCAAGUCAAAGAGUACGAAUUACAAUACGAGUACAGGCCGUUCCAUGGCAUUGAAGUGAUCAGCUGGAUUUACCUUAAUACGGUUGGCAAGGUGACCCGGACGCAGGUCAUUAGCGAAGCGUGGGGAGGCGGCACCAGCACUAUCAGCAAUGAUGACGAGGACGAGCUGAAAAAGUGA